CUUAAGUUUCCUAACAUGAAUGUUUUUAUUUCAAUUGUUGUCUGUCUGUCAGUGACUUUGCAUGUUGUUUGCCAAAGGCUUGUUUUGAGUUUAGUGGUUUUGUGUCAAAAAUAGACUUAUUUGUAUCUAUAAAAUUUUCUGCAAAAUGAAUAUAACUUCAGCUGCGGGAAUAAUUUCCCUUUUGGAGGAGCCGAUGCCCGAAUUAAAGGUAUUUGCUUUAAAGAAGCUUGAUUUGAUAGUGGACGAGUUUUGGCCUGAAAUCUCAGAAGCGAUAGAAAAGAUAGAAAUCCUCCACGAAGACAAAAAUUUCAACCAACAUGAACUAGCAGCGUUGGUUGCUAGUAAAGUUUAUUAUCAUUUGGGAUCGUUCGAAGAUUCCCUAACCUAUGCAUUGGGGGCGGGUGAUUUGUUCGACGUAAACUCGCGUAAUGAAUACGUGGAUACCAUUAUUGCUAAAUGCAUAGAUUAUUACACUCAAAUGAGGAUUGCUAAAGCUGACGGCAUAGAAGAUGUCAAACCCGUGGACCCUAGGUUGGAGGCAAUCGUAAACAGAAUGUUUCAGCGGUGUUUAGAUGACGGUCAAUAUCGUCAAGCCCUAGGAUUAGCUUUGGAGACCCGCCGUAUGGACAUUUUCAUUAAAGCUGUAAAGGAAUCAGAAGACGUGAAUAAUAUGUUGUCUUACGCAUUCCAAGUUGCAAUGAGCUUGAUUCAAAAUAGGGGUUUUCGCAACAUAGUACUCCGCACGUUAGUAGACUUGUAUCGUAAUCUUGCCACUCCAGAUUAUGUAAAUAUGUGUCAGUGUUUGAUAUUUCUGGAUGAUCCUUUGGCAGUGGCUGAAGUUUUGGAGAAACUGAGUAAAGAUACAGAAGAUGGUGCAUUAAUGGCGUACCAGAUUGCUUUUGAUCUGUAUGAAAGUGCUACACAGCAGUUCUUAGGUCAAGUGCUUCAGGCUCUAAGAGCCACGGCUCCCAUCCCAACAGCUAGCGAGACAGUUGUAAAAGGACCAGAAGAGGGACAAGCAAUGGAGGUAGAUAAGCCCAUAGAAGAUGAAAAGAAAUCUGAGCGAAAGUUAGAAAAUUUAAAUGAGGUGGAAAAAACACACCAGGAACGCAUUGAAAAAUUGUCUAGCAUUUUAAGUGGAUCUGUAUCCAUUGACCUCCACCUUCAAUUUCUCAUUCGCAGUAAUCACUCCGAUAUGCUGAUAUUAAAGAAUACGAAAGAUGCUGUCCGCGUAUCAAUUUGCCACACAGCCACCGUUAUUGCAAACGCAUACAUGCACAGUGGAACGACAAGUGAUCAGUUUCUGCGUGACAAUUUAGAAUGGUUGGCGCGAGCUACCAAUUGGGCCAAGCUGACAGCUACAGCAUCUCUAGGUGUGAUUCAUCGUGGCCACGAACAAGAAGCUCUUGCACUCAUGCAGAGUUACUUACCCAGAGAAGUUGGCACAGGAUCUGGUUACUCGGAAGGCGGUGGUUUGUAUGCACUCGGUCUGAUCCAUGCAAACCACGGAGCAGCCAUCACAGACUACUUGCUGGGGCAGUUGAAGGAUGCUCAGAACGAGAUGGUGCGGCAUGGUGGUUGUCUGGGCUUGGGGCUGGCAGCCAUGGGUACAAAUCGACAGGAUGUGUACGAACAACUGAAAUUCAACCUUUACCAGGAUGACGCAGUAACUGGGGAAGCGGCAGGAAUUGCAAUGGGGGCGGUGAUGUUGGGUUCGAAGGCCACUCAAGCCAUUCAAGACAUGGUGGCCUACGCUCAGGAAACUCAGCACGAGAAGAUCUUGCGUGGACUCGCAGUGGGCAUAGCACUCACCAUGUACGGCCGUCUGGAGGAGGCAGAUCCAUUGAUCACGAGCCUUUGCCAGGACAAGGACCCCAUUUUGCGCCGCUCCGGGAUGUACACAAUAGCGAUGGCAUACUGUGGCACGGGCAGCAACCAGGCGAUACGCAAACUGCUGCACGUCGCCGUGUCCGACGUGAACGAUGAUGUGAGGAGAGCGGCCGUCACCGGCCUGGGGUUCCUGUUGUUCCGAACCCCGGAGCAGUGUCCCAGCGUGGUGUCCCUCCUUGCAGAGAGCUAUAACCCCCACGUGCGCUAUGGGGCUGCCAUGGCCCUUGGCAUAGCAUGCGCCGGCACCGGGCUCAAGGAAGCCAUCGGGUUGCUGGAUCCCAUGACCAACGACCCGGUGAAUUUUGUGCGCCAGGGCGCGCUCAUCGCUUCGGCCAUGAUACUCAUCCAGCAGACGGAGCAUCUCUGCCCCAAAGUGAAAGACUUCCGCACACUGUACUCCAAGGUGAUCGUGGACAAGCACGAAGACGUCAUGGCGAAGUUCGGAGCGAUUCUGGCCCAGGGCAUCAUCGAUGCCGGCGGUCGCAACGUGACGGUGUCCUUGCAGUCUCGCACGGGUCACACGAACAUGCUGGCAGUCGUGGGGACCCUGAUAUUCACCCAGUACUGGUACUGGUUCCCCCUGGCGCACUGCCUGGCGCUGGCGUUCACGCCCACCUGCCUCAUCGCCCUCAACGCCCAGCUCAAGAUGCCCAAGCUGGAGUUCAGGUCCAACGCCCGCCCCUCCAUGUUCGCCUACCCUCCUGCGCUGGAGGAGAAGAAGCGGGAGGAGCGCGAGAAAGUGACGACGGCGGUGCUGAGCAUCGCCGCCAGAGCUCGCCGCCGCGAAGCAGAGAAGAAACACCGCGACGAGAAGAUGGAAGUGGACGAAGAGAAGGAUGACAAGAAGGACGAGAAGAAGGAAGACAAAAAGGAGGAUAAGAAAGAGGAGAAGAAGGAGGAGAAAAAGGAGGACAAGAAGGAAAAGGAAAAAGAGGACAAGAAGGAGAAGGACAAGGAGGAGAAGAAGGCGAGCGAGAAGAAGGAGCCGGAGCCGAACUCGGAGAUCCUGAGCAACCCGCCUCGCGUGAUGAAGCAGCAGCUGAAGGUGCUCCAGCUGGUGGAGAGCAGCAGCUACGCUCCCCUGAAGGACAUCUCCAUCGGGGGCAUCGUGAUGGUGCGGCACGUGAGGCCGGGCCUGGAGGAGGAGCUGGUGGAGCCCGUGGCAGCGUUCGGCCCCAAGCCCGACGACGACAAGGAGCCCGAGCCGCCCGAGCCGUUCGAGUACUCCGAGGAGUGACUGGUGAGCGGUGGCCGUGGUGCGACUGUAUUCAAAGAUGUCUUCUUGAAAAAAGAGCAUGGCUGGAUCCGAAAACAACUGUCUUUGUGAUUUAAAGUGAGCACUUUAUUAAUAAUUUUGUAAGUUAUUAUAUUUUAAAUUAAUUUUUGAAAUCAACCAUUUAAUUACAUUUGCACAACUUUUUAUUUAACAGCUUGUAACACUUAAACAGUCGGUAAAAUGUGUGUGUGAAAAUGAUGUAACUGUGUGUCUUAGGCUGUGCAAAUAUAAGUUUUUUUUUUAAAUUUAGAAUAAAAUUUAAAUAAGAGAACAUUUUUAUGAACGAUAUUUAUAAUAGGUUGUCAUAUUUAAGCAAAUAUUUGUACAUGGUAUUUUACGUUAAUAUUUAUAAAAACUUGAACUUAACAAUAAAUGUAGAAUGCUUUUGUAAAUUUUGGGAACUAUUUUUUUUGCAGAGGUUUCAAACUGCUUAUUGUUUGUUUGCCUUGUUCCCCACUUUUAAAAAAAUAUUCCAGAUUACAGAUAGUAUCCUUGUAACUCAGCAGUUGCUGUUCGCUAUGACCACGUUGAAAUUAACUUGGAUAGUUGUCCCAUUAAUACAUUCAAAAUGGAAUGCCACAUUAACAUAAUUAUGGUCGUUACACAAUGUGGCAUGAAACAGAUUCACUAUACUUUGAAUACAAACAAAUAUUUGUUAUUUCGAAGUGUAAGUAUUUGAAAUUGAAUCUGAUAAAUUAUUUGGCUUGAUAUUUAUAAUUUUUAAUAUUUGCACAUGCCUGAUUUUGAAAAGUAAGUAACUUAGUUGUAACAGUGAAGUGUAGUGUGAAAACCAUUGUUAUAUUUACAUUGGCAGAUUUAUUAAAGCCUUCGUUUUAGAAGAACACACAUUAAA